UUGACCCUUAGUUGCGCAUGCGCGCACCAUGUGAAGGCAACCAACUCUGGAAAGUGAGAGGCCUUCUGGAUGUUUUGUUAUUGAUAAACAUAAACUGGUGCCCGACCAGGGUACCAGUUAUCACCGAAAAUGGCGUGUCUAGCGAACUUGAAACAGGAUAUCAAACUUUUGGAGACUUCUUUCCCGAAAGACCACGAAAGGUUUCAGAUUCGAUCUGCAACACUCGAUGAACUGUCAUGUCGAUUCAUCGGAAGAAAUGGGAAUCACUACGACAUUCAAGCAAAUAUCACGGAAACGUAUCCACAGUCAGCUCCAAUCUGGUUCAGUGAUUCAGAGGAAGUGGUGGUCACCACUGUAAUAGAGAGACUUACAGAAACCACUCCCGACAAAUACAAUAUAUUACAACAGGUAAAGCUACUCCUGACAGAGCUCUGUUCCCUCCACGACAUCCCUGUACCAGAGGAGAUUGCCUUUAUUGACAGUGCUUUAGUCAACCGGGGACAACCAGUGCGAGACCGCCAUGAGAGCUCUGAAGAAGAGGAUGAAGAUGAAUUCCACUAUGACAUGGAAGAUGAUGCUCAAAGCAGUGAUCAGAAGGCCAAAGAGGAAAUAGAUGGAAUUGACACGGAAAACCUGGCUGUCCUGGAACGGCUGAAACAGAACCAACGUCUGUCUUACCUAAAGCAGGGAUCAGUGACUGGUUCAGUCCAGGCGACUGACAGGCUGAUGAAGGAGCUACGAGACAUAUAUAAAUCUGAAAGCUUUAAAAGACAAAUCUAUACAGUAGACCUAGUCAAUGAUUGCCUAUAUGAAUGGUGUGUCAAGUUAAAAAAGGUUGAUCAAGACAGUCCCCUUCACUCGGAUCUUCAGACAUACAAGGAGAAGGAGGGGAAGGAUUUCAUCCAGCUUUGUUUUACUUUCAAAGAUUCCUUUCCAUUUGAUCCUCCUUUUGUGAGAGUGGUGAAUCCUGUCAUAUCCGGAGGCUAUGUAUUGGGUGGAGGAGCCAUAUGUAUGGAGCUUCUUACAAAACAGGGUUGGAGUAGUGCAUACAGUCUGGAGUCCGUCAUAUUGCAGAUUUCAGCUACUUUAGUGAAAGGAAAAGCCCGCAUUACGUUCAGUGCUUCAAAGACCCAGUACAGUUUGGCCAGAGCACAACAGUCUUUCAAAUCACUUGUACAGAUACAUGAAAAAAAUGGUUGGUUUACACCACCGAAAGAAGACGGCUAGGUGACGAUGCUUCACUCACAAGUGCUUUGCUGUUAUUGCGAUGUCAUCAACUUGAUAAGAGAGGACUUAAUGAUGACACAUAAUAAACAAUAUACACAUGUUGUGCUAUUGGGGAUUAAUGCAAGCUGUCUGACAACUUCCAGAUGUACUGAGCUCUUCCUGCAGCAUCAGAUUGGACUUCAGCCCAACGUUGGGAGACUGCUCCCAUGAUCAGGCAGUCAUACUGAAUAACCCUUAGAUGCCACAACUGCAUAGGAUCAGCCUGGUCCUUCUUUGUUCAUAGUUCACACUUUGUAUGCUUUAGUUCAUUUUCUGUCUGUAUACCAUGGAUACUUUUUGCAAUAGGAUGCUUUCAACUGGUACUCUGUUCACAUCGACAAUAAUGCUGCAGCCUUUUCUCACUGCAAUUUCAUUUUGUCUUUAUUAUCCAAAUUUCAUCAUUGCAUUUUGUAGAAUUUUCUUUUUGUUGCCUCGGUAAUCAGUGUCAUUUUGUUUUGAUGAUUAGUUUCUUGUUCUAGGCCCUCCCCCCAAAAGAAAACAAUUGCAGGUUUGAGAAGGUACAGUUCAACAGCGUCUAGCCGAUCUGUUGAUAACGAGAAUGGGUAGAGAAGGACAUAUUUACAACUGUUGAAGCAAUCAGAAUUGUGCUAUGUGGGUUAUCCUGAGAUCUUUCUGUUUAUUUAUGAGUGUUAUUCAACAUUUACAAAGUUUGAUGUUGGUUGAUCAUGAUCUGCCUCGACAAAGUGUUCACAAGUUCCUUGGAACUAGCAAUGUCUCCAGACACAGACAGCAGUCUCUACAAUCCGGACAAGAGGUCAGUGAUGACCGACCCCAUAUUGAAACAGCUUUGGAGGUGUUCUCUAGCCAUAGCUAUCUGAUUGCAUAUACAGCACGUGGCAGACAGUUGCAUCUCAGCAAGUGUGUACAGGCGUUAUAUGCAACUCUUACACAGGGAUUCUGGGAUUAUUUUGUAGUGUAUGUGGUGUGAGGGAUUAAACAGACGUCAUGGACGAUGCCGUUUGACCAUCUCGUGGGACUUCACUCCCUCAGUACAUGCUUUUAGAGGAGAUUCUCACACAAUUAUAAUUAUGUACAAAUAACAAAUAUUGUACUCUGAACAUGUCAUCAUCAUCAUCAUCAAGUAAACUUCUGUAUAUGUUUAACCAUUCAUUGUUUGUGUUUCCAUGGUUUCAACCUUGACCUUGACCAAGGUUCGUAACCACAGUUAACAAGUUAAUGGAAUGGGAUAACAAUACUAGGACCAGUCAGAAUGAUGUGAUGGCGAAUCUUGUCAUGUAUAAAGCGAGGAUAUGACCCAAACUGAGGAUUUGGUACCCAACCUGUUGUGCAGAUCGAGGAUAUGUCCCCAACCUGUGGUGCAGAUCGAGGAUAUGUCCCCAACCUGUGGUGCAGAUCGAGGAUAUGACCCCAACCUGUGGUGCAGAUCGAGGAUAUGACCCUAACCUUUUGUGCAGAUCGGGGAUAUGACCCCAACCUGUGGUGCAAAGCGAGGAUAUGACCCCAACCUGUGGUGCAAAGCGAGGAUAUUACCAAACCUGAUAUGUGCAAAGUGAGGCUAUUACUGGAAACCUGUCAUGUGUAAAGUCAGCAGUUGGUAAUUGGAAUGAAUGGUAUUGAAAAACAUGGUUGCACAGUAGACUGAAUCUGCUGAUUCUCUGUCUGGUCUGUGUUCUGGGGCUAGGUUUUCGCAGAUUCAAGUACAAAUAAUCUAAUUCAGCAUGGAAUUAGGUAGCCAGCAACAUCAAAGACACAUUCACUUAGUACUUAGCCGUCUAGACAGACACAAGAACCAGACUAUGGAGAAAUAUUAAGCUUGAAUUAUACUGUCCGACAUUCAUUAGUGUUGUAGGAUCUGUCAAAAUGGAGUGUACUUUACAUCAAGUCUUUUUCAUUGCCAAAAUCAUCGACAAAAGUCCUGUAACAGCACAAGUUAAUUAAGUUAAUCUGAGCUAGAUGUGACUGAUUAACAUCCGACAAUGAUCCACAACUUUUAAUUCUUAUCUUCAAGAGCGUUCACAUGGUUCAGCCAUGAGGAGUCGAUAUAACAAUACUUACCGUAUUAGACUCCAGAGACCAUUUAAUAGAGACUUAACAUUUUGUUUAUUUAUUUUUUUAAUGAAAAUGUUUUUUAAUGUAUAAUAGAAAGGAGUCGAGAGAAUAUCUUCAUGCCAAAUUCAGGGAUACAUCUUUGCACUGGCCAACUUGUUGAGUGUGGUUGUCUUGUAUUCAAGGUAUCCUGUGGUUCAGUUGAAUUUCAGACUUUUUAAAGGGGUGUCCCUAUGUUAUCCCAACAAGGGCUGGUAAAUAUGUUAGGUUACUUUGCAUUCCUAAAACUAAGCUACACUUCGGGUCUAUAUGAGAGACUAACAGUGACAAUCAUUGGGAAAAGUAUUGUGACACUCCCGGGCUAAACGCGAAGUGCAGGUACUUAAACUAAAUAAACAUCCUGAUAUGAUUCCAUCAUUAAUAUUUCGAACAAUAUUGAAAAAAGUACGAAUGAUGGCUACGCUUUCAGGUGUAAUGGCAGGGGUGACAUAUCACAACAUGCCAACCUGCUUCCCUGUGUAUGUCGCACUGGCAAUACUGACGGUGUGGCGCCACCGCAGCAUACCCAUGGAACCAGGCUGCACAACAUGUAUGAAAUUGACAGGGACUUCAGGAACUAUUUUUGUGUUGAGCUGCGGUUACCGUAUCCCCUCGUUUAAUGUCUGUUUUUCAACUGCUGUGAGUUACAGAUCGUCCUUAGAAACAUCUGCCAAAUGCGCAGUAGGAUUUACAGCCCCCAUCUACAUAUCUGACUGGCUACAAAUAUUACAUUAUUUAUGAAUAUUCAUACCGAUCCCUUACCUCUGAAUAGGUAUACUUUAUCUCAGAAUGUGAACGUUGAAAGGGGAUUCUAGAUUGGAACCUGGUGUUUUCGAGGAGGGCGCUAUCCAAUGUGGAAUCCUUUUUCAAUGCUUUCAAUUGGUAACCGCAGCUAUAUUUGUGCUAUGCGUGUCUCGGAGUUCUGUGUUGCUGGGUGUGGUGUAUUUGGGAGAGAGUGUACAACUAUGACGUGAUUAACGUUUUCAGUGGAAGCAGGUGUGCAUUACCAUUGUACCAUUGUUUGUUGUACAUACAUGAAACAAUCAAGAUUGUGUUGCGAGUUUUGAUUCGUGACUGAUUUGAGAAUAUUGAAUAAAUUAUAGUCACUUU